AGAAUGAAACUUCUUGCCCUCGUAGCUCUGUGUGCAGUUGGUGUCGCUUCUCACCGUGAUAAGCGCCAACUUUCCAUUGGUACCAUCUCAGUAUCUGGCGCUGGAGGAUCCACUGGAUGUGUAGUGACUGGAAAUGUUCUGUAUGCUAAUGGAAUCCGACUCCGUAAUUUGACAUCCUCUGAGCAGAGCGAGUUGGCCACUUACCAAACUGAAGUUGAGCAAUACAAGACUGUAAGUUCAUUUUGAUGUAAAAGUUUGGUCAACAUUUUUAAAAUGGCUAAAUGUGGUUUGAUGUUUUUAUUUUUCAAAAGUUGUGUGGUGGCUGCAAAAUGCAUGUUAGUUGAAACAUUUAGUCUUAAAAUAUUUGGACAGUAUUUGCCAAUAAGGUUAAAUCCGAUGGAAAGUCUGAAGUAGGAAUUCCACAGUGACGCGACUCAUUCUCGCACUCACAUACCACCAGCAGGGCGCGAGAAGAUCAAGUGACGAGGCGUUUUAUAGGUAUCCUCGUCACUCCUCGACCGCCUGGAAGGUCUCAUUCUACGUCAUGAAAUUUAUAGAUUUUUGAAUUUUCCUUUAAUAAAAAUGAAAACCCAACGUUUAAGAGGGCUUCCCCAAUAACGGUGCAACAUGACUUGGCAUUUUUUUCAGCAACUCCGUAAUAUUCUCAGCCAACGUCGUGAAAACCUCCGUAACCGUUUGAUGUCUCAAGGAAGAAAUCAACAACAACAAAGCAAUGAUGUCAGCAGCCAGGGAGGAAAUGACGAUGGAUCAAUUCCAAAGGCUCCAGAAAAACCAUCAUUCUGUACUGCUGAAGAUACUACUCAAUACUAUUUCGAUGGAUGCAUGGUUCAAGGCAACAAAGUCUAUGUUGGUGGACAAUACGCUCGUGACCUCUCUUCUGAUGAGAUUUCUGAAUUGCAAACAUUCGAUACUCAACAAACCGCUUACCAAAAUGCCGUUCAAUCACAGAUGCAAAGCCAAGUUCAAGGCCUCUUCGGUGGAUCUGACUUCCUUUCAGCUUUGUUCGGAGGAGAUAGGUUCAAUCAACAACAACAAAGACAACAACCAUCUUCCACUACUCCAGCUUCUACCAGUUCCACUACUCUUCCACCAAAACCAACAGUUCCACAGUUCUGUACUGCCAUUUUCUAAUUUUGCUUUACAUCUUCGCGACCCCCAUUUUACAGUUGAAAAUCAUCAAUUAAUAAGCAAUCAAAUAUGUGCAUAUAACAGCUACGGUCCACAUUUUCCCAAAGAACCUUGUACAGAUAAAUAACGUUAUUGAUUAUCAAUAAACAAAUAAAUCGUAGUAAAAU